CGGGCGCGGCGGGGACGCAUCUGCCUCGGCCUCCGCCUCCGCCGCCGCCGCGAACAAAGAGGAGGAGCCGGGCGCGAGAGCAAAGUCUGAAAUGGAUGUUACAUGAAUCACUUUAAGGGCUACAUUCAGCUAUGAACGUUUUGAAGCGUUUUACUCACUAAAUAGAUCAAGAUGGAUGAAUCUGCCCUGUUGGAUCUCUUGGAGUGUCCUGUGUGUCUAGAACGCCUGGAUGCUUCUGCCAAGGUCUUACCUUGCCAGCAUACAUUCUGCAAGCGGUGUUUGCUGGGGAUCGUGGGUUCCCGGAAUGAACUCCGAUGUCCCGAGUGCAGGACUCUCGUUGGCUCUGGUGUGGAAGAGCUUCCCAGUAACAUCCUACUGGUCAGACUUCUGGAUGGCAUCAAACAGAGGCCUUGGAAACCUGGCCCUGGUGGCAGCAAUGGGGCCAACUGCACAAAUGUGUUAAGGGCUCAGGGCAGCACUGUGGCUAAUUGUAAUGCAAAAGAUCUGCAGAGCUCCCAGGGAGGACAGCAGCCUCGGGUGCAAGCCUGGAGCCCCCCAGUGAGGGGUAUACCUCAGUUACCAUGUGCCAAAGCAUUAUAUAACUACGAAGGAAAAGAACCCGGAGACCUUAAGUUCAGCAAAGGUGACAUCAUCAUUUUGCGAAGACAAGUGGAUGAAAAUUGGUACCAUGGGGAAGUCAAUGGUGUCCAUGGCUUUUUCCCCACCAACUUUGUGCAGAUUAUUAAGCCAUUACCUCAGCCCCCGCCUCAGUGCAAAGCACUUUACGACUUUGAAGUGAAAGACAAGGAAGCAGAUAAAGAUUGCCUUCCAUUCGCCAAGGAUGACGUCCUGACUGUGAUCCGCAGAGUGGACGAGAACUGGGCUGAGGGGAUGCUGGCAGACAAAAUAGGAAUAUUUCCCAUUUCCUAUGUUGAGUUUAACUCGGCCGCCAAGCUGCUCAUAGAGUGGGAUAAGCCUCCGGGGCCAGCGGCCGAUGCUGUAGAAUGUACGGCCGCAGCAGCCCCCAGCAGCACUGCCCCCAAGCACCCCGACACCAAGAAGAACACCAGAAAGCGGCACUCCUUCACCUCCCUCACCAUGGCCAACAAGUCCUCCCAGGCGUCCCAGAACCGCCACUCCAUGGAGAUCAGCCCCCCGGUUCUCAUCAGCUCCAGCAACCCCACGGCCGCGGCGCGCAUCAGCGAGCUGUCCGGGCUCUCCUGCAGCGCCCCUUCUCAGGUUCACAUAAGCACCACCGGGUUAAUUGUAACCCCGCCCCCAAGCAGCCCAGUGACAACUGGCCCGUCAUUCACAUUCCCAUCAGAUGUUCCCUACCAGGCUGCCCUUGGAACUAUGAAUCCUCCUCUUCCCCCACCUCCUCUCUUGGCUGCCACUGUCCUUGCCUCAACACCAUCAGGAGCUACUGCUGCUGCUGCUGGAAUGGGACCCAGGCCCGUGGUUGGACCCACUGACCAGGUCACACAUUUACGGCCUCAGACUCGCCCCAGUGUGUAUGUUGCUAUAUAUCCAUACACUCCCCGCAAGGACGAUGAGCUGGAGCUGAGAAAAGGGGAGAUGUUUUUGGUGUUUGAGCGUUGUCAGGAUGGCUGGUUCAAAGGGACCUCGAUGCAUACCAGCAAGAUUGGGGUUUUCCCUGGAAAUUACGUGGCACCAGUCACAAGGGCGGGGACAAAUGCUUCCCAAGCUAAAGUCCCUGUAUCUACUGUGGACAAGACAAAUCGGGGCGUGCCCAUGGUCAGCCCUUCUACUGCAGGAGGGCCUGUCCAGAAGCUCCAAGGAAACGGCGUGGCUGGGAGUCCUGGCGUCGUCCCUACGGCCGUGGUGUCAGCAGCUCACAUCCAGACAAGUCCUCAGACAAAGGUCCUGUUACACAUGACAGGACAAAUGACAGUUAACCAGGCCCGCAAUGCUGUGAGGACAGUUGCAGCACAUAACCAAGAACGCCCCACGGCAGCAGUGACACCCAUCCAGGUACAGAAUGCCUCCUGCCUUGGAACCACGUCUGUGGGCCUGUCCCAUCAUGCCAUGUCCUCUCCACAACCUCUGCCCCCAAUGGCAGGCUCUGUUGCCCACGUUGCUGCUGUCAGUAUAAGUCGAGCCAACGCCCCUCUGGCCUGUGCUGCAGCCACUUCGCUCACCUCCGUGAGCGCCACAGCCUCUCUGGAGCCCGAGCCCAGUGGCCGGACAGUGACCCUCCUCCCUGGACUUCCCGUGUCUCCUGACAGCGCCGCAUCAGCUUGUGGAAACAGCUCGGCGACCAGACCAGACAAAGACAGUAAAAAAGAGAAAAAGGGGUUGCUGAAGUUGCUUUCUGGCGCCUCCACCAAGCGGAAACCCCGAGUGUCCCCUCCAGCGUCUCCCACCCUGGAAGUGGAGCUGGGUGGGAGCGAGUUGCCGCUGCAGGGAGCUGUGGGUCCUGAGCUGCCGCUAGGGGGCGGCCACGGCCGGGCGGGCUCCUGCCCCACAGAAGGGGAUGGUGCAGUCGCCCCCGGGGCUGCAGGGGCGUCCUUAGCCCAGGAUGCUUUCCAUCGGAAGACGAGCUCCCUGGACUCAGCUGUACCCAUUGCUCCACCGCCUCGUCAGGCCUGCUCCUCCCUGGGCCCAGUCAUGAAUGAGGCUAGACCUGUGGUUUGUGAAAGGCACAGGGUAGUGGUUUCAUAUCCUCCUCAGAGUGAGGCAGAACUUGAACUUAAAGAAGGAGAUAUUGUGUUUGUUCAUAAAAAACGUGAGGACGGCUGGUUCAAAGGCACAUUACAACGUAAUGGAAAAACUGGCCUUUUCCCAGGAAGCUUUGUGGAAAACAUCUGAGGAGACUAACACCAAGAAAGCUGCACUCACAUCCUGCACCAAAAUAGCACAAGAUGAUUUCAUGGCAAGAGAACAUCUGUGGACUCGCAGAGGGUCAGGGCCUGAGCAGGGGAUGGGUGUGGGCUCCAGAGCCCCAGCUUGCUCAUCCCAGCAACACAGUGAAGAAGGAGACUGGCUUUCGUCAUCUGGGCUCUGGUGUGUUAGGUGUGCCUUGUACUGUCUGAUGUACUUCACAGAGAAAUCUUUUUUUAUAUAUAAGGAUGUGUAAUUAAAAUGGACAAUUGUUUACAAGGCUGAACUAAUUUAUUUGCUUUUUUUAAACUUGAACUUUUCUUGUAAUAGAUAAAUUCUUUGAACUAUGAUUUUUGAGAAAUUAUUAAUUUAUGAAAUGAUAGCUAAGGAGAAGCUGGGUUGUCUCCUGUUGAGAGCAAGAGAUGCUUUGGGACAUAGUAUGCAUCUUCCCCUCCAUCCCUGCCACUGUAUUUUGCUUCUUUUUGAUGGAAAUGCCAGCUCGUUCAUUUGGGUUUCCUUCUUGGGAAACCAAAUAUGCAACUGACUUGGUAUCACUAAAAGCCUGGAAUAGAAUGACAAAAUUUCAGAGAAGAGUUAGUGGUUCCCUGUCUUUUUAGUUUGAUUAGAAAUCAACCAGUAGACCUAGACCUUUAAUUUUCCUAGAAUGAAGUCAGUGAUAAGGGGGGUAAAAAGCACAACCAUGACUAGAAAUUAGUGAAAAAUAUAUUUUGUUAAAAAUUUUUUUAAACAGAAACAGCUCAAUUUGUUGCUUGGGAAAUACGUGGAAUUAAAGUUGUACCCACUGUCUUGAGAAUGACCCUGAAAUGUAAUUUUCUUUAUACCCCAAGUGAUCUGCAUGCCCAGGACAGUAAAAUAUUUGUGAGAUAGUGGUGGUAAGAAGUGAGCUUGUGUUCAAGUCAAAGGAUGUAAGCAACACUGUGAAGAGUUUAUAUUCAUCCAUUGUGUUCCUUCUCCACCAUCUCAAAAUGCACGUGUUACUGGAUCACACAGUCAUAGAGACGGUGCAUGUGUGUGUACUUCAAUGCAGUUUCCUGUGGAGGUUAGCUUACACUCAGAACUGACCAGUGCAGGAAGUGUAAAAUACACUAUGUUCUCUUCUCCACCCCAACACCACUACUGACCAGGGUCUCUCCAGGGUUUGUGCUUCCUCUCUGGUGAAGGCGUACUUUGGCCACCACACACGUGAUUAGUAAAAAUGUUCCAAGUAUGUCCUCCAAGCAAAAGACUUGAUCCUGGCAACUUGCUCCUGUGACUGUCAACUAAAGCUCCGCAAGGCUUGCUGGGAGUGAUUAUGCCCAUACCUUGCCAUUGUGACAGGAUCCAGCUGAGCCUAUCUUUUUAUAUCCAUUCUUUGAUGUCAGUGGCAUCUUCUAAGAUUUCAUUCCUAUGCCACACAAUGGUGGGUCUGGGUAGUCCAGUCAACAAAAGGGAGGGAAGACAGCCUGGUAGUGAAUGAGACUGUUACACGAUUUUCUCAUGGGAAAUAAAUAAAGAAGUAAACAAACAAAAAGGAGGGGAAACAGCUGGGAAAUAUAAACAUGAACUGAAAAAUCUUGCAAUAGCAAGAGUACUCAUCGUCUUAAAAAGAUCUGUAAUGUGCUUGAAAACAAAAUCAUUCCUAAGUUAAUCAUCUUUUUAUAAAACACUGUACAUUAUGUUCCUGUGUGUUGAAUUUUUUUUAAAAAAAACUUUACUUGGAUAUUCAUGUAAUAUAUAAAGGUUUGGUGAAAUGAACUUUAGUUAGAAAAAAAGCUGGUACCAGCUUUCAUCUGUGCAAGUUGACACCAAUGUGUCAUAAUAUUCUUUAUUUUGGGAAAUUGGUGUAUUUUAUAAAAAUUUUAAAAGGCAAAAAGACUACUACAAGUUAAGAUAAUUUUUUUACCUGUCUUUUCUCCAUAUUUUAAGCUAUGUGAUUGAAGUACCCUGUUAAUAGUUUUCCUGGUAUAAAGUUGGUUAAAAAUUCAUUUGUUAAAUAGAUCAUUAGGUAAUAUAAUGUAUGGGUUUUCUAUUGGUUUUUUGGAGACUGUAGAUGGAUUUUGUAACAAGGGCUUGUUACAUAGUGAUGGUAAUGAUAAAAUUAUAAUUUAUCAUUCCUUUUCAUUGUUAAUUUUGAGGACUGGAUAAAAAAGAUUUCAAGAUUAAAAUUUGAUGUUCAACCUUU